ACCGCCGGCAGGUCUUGACGGCUGCUCCCGCUGACCUGAGACACCAGCACCGCCGCGCUGCUCCUUCAUGCCGCAGCAGUGCUCCGUUUACACCUACUGAGACCCAGAUAGAGCCCAGAUACUGGUGAAGCUUGAAAGCAAUAAUGGCGAACCAGGGUGACUGCUGUGUGAAGGUUGCUUUAAGGAUCCGUCCUCAGAUGGCCAAGGAGAAGAUAGAGGGCUGCCAUGUGUGUACUCUGGUCACACCCGGAGAACCACAAGUCCUCCUGGGGAAAGACAAGGCCUUCACUUAUGACUUUGUGUUCGAUGUAGACUCAGAGCAGCAAGCCCUUUACCAGUCUUGCGUGUACAAGCUGAUUGAGGGCUGCUUCGAGGGCUACAAUGCUACCGUGUUCGCUUACGGUCAGACGGGCUCGGGAAAAACCUACAGCAUGGGGACGGGUUUUGACGUGAAUCUGAGCCAGCAGGAGCAGGGUAUCAUCCCACGGGCUGUCCACCAGCUGUUUGAAGGAAUCCAGAGCAGGAGGCAGCGCGCCCAGGAGGCCGGCAUCCAGCCACCUGAUUUCAAAGUCAGCGCCCAGUUCCUAGAGUUGUACAAUGAGGAGAUCCUCGACUUGUUUGAUGGAGGCAGAGAUCCGGAGAGUCGGAAUAGAAAGUCCAACAUUAAGAUCCAUGAGGACGCCAGUGGCAGCAUCUACACUACUGGAGUCACUUCCAGACUGGUACACUCAGAGGAGGAGCUGCUGCAGUGUUUGAAGCUUGGCGCUCUGUCCCGCACAACAGCCAGCACGCAGAUGAAUGCCCAAAGCUCCCGCUCGCACGCCAUCUUCACCAUCCACCUCUGCCAGAUGAGAGUCUGCCAACAGCCACAAAUGAACGGAGGAGCGGAGAAUGGGGAGUUGAAUGGUGUGGACUCCAGCUCCAUCGCCCAGCCAGAGUUCGAGGCACUAAUGGCCAAGUUUCACUUUGUUGACCUGGCUGGCUCUGAGAGGCUGAAACGUACAGGAGCUACAGGAGAAAGGGCCCGCGAGGGGAUCUCCAUCAACUGUGGCUUGCUGGCCCUGGGAAAUGUGAUCAGUGCUUUAGGGGACCAGAACAAGAAGGGGGGACAUGUCCCCUACAGAGACUCCAAACUCACUCGACUGCUACAAGACUCACUGGGAGGCAACAGUCGCACAGUGAUGAUUGCCUGCGUCAGUCCAUCGGAUCGGGACUUCAUGGAAACGCUGAACACUCUGAAGUAUGCCAACCGUGCCCGAAACAUCAAGAACAAGGUGGUGGUGAACCAAGACAAGACCAGCCAGCAAAUCAGCGCCCUGCGUGCUGAGAUAGCCCGGCUUCAGAUGGAACUGAUGGAGUACAAGGCGGGGAAGCGUGUGGCAUGUGAGGAUGGUUCAGAGGGUUACAGCGAUCUGUGCCAGGAGAACGCCAUGCUGCAGAGAGAAAAUGACACGCUGCGGCUCAGGGUAAAGGCCAUGCAGGAGACCAUUGACCACCUUAAUACCCGUGUAACACAUCUGCUGGCCAAUGAAGUCAGCACACUGCUCACCAAGUCAAGUGAGGGCAAUGAGGAGAUCGGGGCUCUAAUCCAGAACUACAUCCGAGAAGUUGAAGAACUUAGAUCCAAGCUUCUUGAGAGUGAGGCCAUGAAUGAGUCGUUGCGACGGCAGGCGACCCGAAUUUCCUCUCGUUCUCCAUUUCCUUCUUCCACUCUCAGCCCUGUCCCGGGCCACCCUCCUGGAUCCUCCCCUGCUCCCAUGUCCAUGGAGGCAGAGAUGACAGAUGUGUUACGCCGAGCCAAAAUGGACAUCGAGAGACUGAAGAAGAAAGAAAGAAGGCAGAGGAGGAUGAGUCCGGAGUUGGAGAAAGGCUUAAAGAAACGAGUCAAACUGCACACCCAUGAGAACGGAGAGAAUGGGCAGAAUGGACAAAACGGAGAGAAUGGAGAGAUCGAUUCGGACGACAAUAACACUGAGGACAUCAUGUCUCCACUGCAGGAGGAGAGUGGUUGCGAUGAAGAUGAGGGGGAGGAGGAGGAGGAAGGGAGGGAGGAGGACGAGUUUGACAGUGACGAGAGCCUGGUGGACUCAGACUCGGACUCUGAUGAGAAAGCCAACUUCCAGGCGGACCUGGCUGACCUCACUUGCGAGAUCGAGAUCAAACAGAAACUGAUAGAUGAGCUGGAGAACAGUCAGCGCAGGCUGCUGAUGCUGAAGCUGCAGUAUGAGGAGAAGCUCAUCCUGCUGCAGAACAAGAUCCGAGACACCCAGCUGGAGAGAGACCGCGUGCUGCAGAACCUCAUGUCCAUGGAGAACUACACAGAAGAGAAGGCCAACCGGAUCAAGCAGGAGUACGAAAAACGUCUCAAGGAGAUGAAUCGCGACCUGCUGAAGCUACAAGCUGCACAGAAGGAGCACGCACGUCUCCUUAAAAACCAGAGCAGGUACGAACGGGAGCUGAAGAAACUACAGACCGAGGUCAAUGACAUGAAAAAAGCUAAGGUGGCGCUCAUGAAGCAGAUGAAGGAGGAGCAGCAGAGGAGGAGGAUGGUGGAGGCUAAGAGGAACCGUGAAAUUGCCCAGCUCAAGAAGGAGCAGCGACGACAAGAGUACCAGAUCCGGGCGCUGGAAUCCCAGAAGCGGCAGCAGGAGGUGGUGCUGCGCAGGAAGACUCAAGAGGUCACUGCCCUGCGGAGGUUGGCCAAGCCCAUGUCAGACCGUGUGGCUGGGCGUGUUGCCCGCUGGAACCAGAACCCCCCGGUUACGGACUCUGGAGCCGAGUUAUCAGCCAGCACUACAGCAAGCAGCUCUGAACCUGAGACUAGCAGGACUGUAAGCGGGCUGGUGCGACAGUGGAACAACAAAAACAAUGUGUAUGGAUACAUGGCAGAGAGCGAAGGAAGCAUGGAUGGAACACGGGUCUUAGGGAGUAGAAAGAAGUUGCAGCGUAAGCCAGCGGGCCUGGGCAGUGUUGCUGCAGCGGGCAGACCCAGUAGCUUCUCCAAAUCAGCCCGUCAGAAGUGGCAAACCCUUGAGCGUCGCAUUAUGGACAUAGUUAUGCAGAGAAUGACCAUUGCUAAUGUGGAAGCUGACAUGGAUCGCCUCAUCAAGAAACGAGAGGAGCUGACGGCCCAGCAGGAGGCACUCUCACAUAAGAGGGAGGUACUAAUGGCGGAGGGGGAGGGGCCAGAAGCAGAGGACCGUCUCCUUCAGGAAAUCAAUGAGGACAUUGAGGUGCUGAACGCCAAUGUAGACUACAUAAAUGACAGCCUGUCUGACUGCCAGGCCACCAUUGUACAGAUAGAGGAGACUAAGGACGAGCUGGACUCAGUGGACACCUCAGUGGUAAUCAGCUCCUGCUCCCUGGCUGAAGCCCGCCACCUGCUGGAUCACUUUUUAAAGGCCUCCAUAGAAAAGAGCCUGCAGGUGGCUCUGAAGGAGAAUCAGAUCAGACUGCUGGAGGGCCAGCUGAGACAGACAGAUGUGAUUGGCUCCUCGCACAAUCACAUAAUCCUUGAUGCCCUGCGAGAAAAGGCAGAAUACAUCCCUGAACUCCAGGCUCUCAUCCAUAAUGUUCAGCAGGAAAAUGGUUACGCCAGCACAGACGAAGAGCCCUCUGAGUUCAGCCAAGCCUCUGACAGCAGUGUAUCUCAAAUGAAAGAAUCCAACAGCCAGGAUGAUUUCAAAGUGAAGAUGGAGCCUCGUCUGUCGGCUCAGAUUAAAGCGGUGUCGGCAGAGUAUCUGGGUCCCAUCCUUGACCCCUCGUCAGGCAGCAAACAGCAGUAUAUUACCAAGUCUCUGGCCUCGCUGACAGAUAUUCAGGAGGAUGGCCUUAGCCUGGCAAGAGGGAGCCUUGGGCUGAGCCUCUCCCUGCGAGACCCCUACCACAGGGAGCGUGCAUCCCGCACCAUCAGCCUGCCUAUCAGGGGACACACCUUUCCCAGGCAGUCUCGGGGUUAUGACACAUCCCCUUUAACAAGAAGGAAAUCUUACGACCGCGCGUACAGGCCCACUGAUGGCUAUACUCCCCCCUCAUCCCCUCCUCUGAGGACCAGGAACGACCGCAAUGUCUUCUCCAGGCUCACCAGCAACCAAACUCAAGGUUCCGCUCUUGACAAGGGUACGAUCAAUCCCAUCGGGGGUGUGAAGGGGGGUCGAACAGCACCCCUCCAGUGUGUAUCUGUAGCUGAGGGCCACUCGAAGCCGGUGCUGUGUGUGGACGCUACAGACGAGCUGCUGUUCACUGGAUCUAAAGAUCGUACUUGUAAGAUGUGGAACCUGGUGACGGGUCAGGAGAUUGUCACCCUGAAAGGCCACCCCAACAACGUGGUGGCAGUCAAAUAUUGUCCCUCCUCCUGUCUGGUCUUCUCUGUAUCCACCUCCUACAUCAAGGUGUGGGACAUCCGCGACGCCGCCAAGUGUGUCCGCACGCUCACUUCAUCAGGGCAGGUGGUUUCAGGUGAUGCAUGUGCCGGCACCACCACCCGCACCAUCACCUUUGCACAGGGCGAGUGUCAGAUCAACCAGAUAUCCCUCAACCCAUCAGGAUCUGUCCUGUAUGCUGCUGCUGGAAACACUGUCCGCAUCUGGGACCUCAACAGGAUGCAAGCGAUGGGGAAGUUGACAGGUCACAUUGGCUCUGUCAUGUGUCUGACAGUGGGACAGUCUCUGCUGGGCAAAGACCAAGUAAUCACUGGUUCCAAAGACCAUUAUGUCAAGGUGUUUGACGUGGCAGAAGGAACUAUGGGUAAUGUAGGCCCAGCUCAUAACUUUGAGCCACCUCAUUAUGACGGCAUCGAGUGUUUGGCUGUGCAGGGAGACGUACUGUUCAGCGGGUCAAGAGACAACGGCAUCAAAAAAUGGGAUCUGGAGCAGCAGGAGCUCACUCAGCAAAUCCCAAACGCCCAUAAGGACUGGGUGUGUGCUCUGGCGUACGUCCCGGGCCGACCCAUGUUGCUGAGUGCCUGCCGCGGUGGCAUGUUGAAGGUGUGGAAUGUAGACAACUUCACCCCGAUAGGAGAGGUCAGAGGUCACGAAAGCCCCAUUAACGCCAUAUGUACCAACUCAAGGCAGAUCUUCACUGCAUCCAGCGACAAGACAGUGAAGAUCUGGCUGUCAAAGGUGUGGAGGAAGAGGUGACAACAGAAGUGACAGUGGUUCCUUUGUCAGACAUCUUGCUGCAACUUCAGCCACCAAACUGUGACCUCCUCACUUCUAGCACUGAUAUGUGACACCGAAAUCACAGUUUCAAAAGGCAAUCAAGGUGUUUUUUUACUUUGUCAUGGUGAAAAGGGACAAAGCUGAGGAGGAAUAUGUAUUCAAAGGCAAAAAACGAUUUGCCUUUCAGAUUUUGCCAAUUUGAAAGUGCCAUUGAGGUAUUAUGCUUGGACAUGAUAAACUGCAUCUUCCCGGCCGUUGCAUACACCCGGCAGAACAAUUUCCCUCCUGACAUCAAAACAUACCACUGUUUGGUAUUAAAAGAACAAUAAAAAAGUGUCCUUCUGUUCUUUCACCAAGGUUUCUGUGUGGAAUGCACAAUCCUUGUGGAACAUUGAGAGAUUCACACUGAAAGUCACGACAUUUUAACCCCAGAGGAGCGUAACUAACAACUGGGACCUCUGUUUCUCCCUUCAAGAUUGUUAGUGUUCAUAUGUUUGUGGCUGUUCUGAUACUGAACACAUAAGAGUUCGCUGUGGAUGAUCAUUGGAUGCUUGGUGAUCUGAAGUCAGUCAUCACUGGAAUAUUACACAAAACACAGACACUUGAUUAUCCGUUUUUUACUCCAGAUUGGCUUCCUUGAGAUCUCUCAGUAUCACUAAACCUUUAUUGUUGAUCAACCAGUUUAAUUUUUUUAUGACUUUUGUUAAUUUAUUAUUUUCCCUACCUCAGUUGUUUUGGACUUUGGCGUGAGGUUGGGGGGAACAUUUUUUACGGGUCUCUGUGUUCAAAAACCUGGUGUUUGACAUUUUGAAGUCUUAAUGGAAUGCCUGGCUCUUAAUUUCUAUGUGGAUGUGUCAUCUGUGGCCCUUUGGCUAUCAGACUGUCUAGCUGCUGACCUUCCAAACAGGAAAGCACACGUCCAGGAGCACAACUAAGUCAUCGUUGGCACUGGGGGAUCUGACCGGAUCAUAUUACCAACCCUGUAAAGUCCUAACUACCGCAAACAUAAGAAACAGCCCUUUCAGAUG